AUGGCGGCCGUCAACCGGAAUAUGUUCGAUGCUAGCAUCGCCACCGAACGGCCUGGCGGUUCCUCGCUGAUGGUCAUGCCGUUAAAUUUGAUCGCGCAGAUCGUGUCCAAUGUUGAGGAUACAGGCGACCUCGCCCGACUCUGCCGAACAUGCCGCGUUCUCAAUUAUAUGGCCCUUCCGCAACUCUACCGCAGCCUGACGCUGACAUCCUAUGACAAAAUUCGAUACCGCGGCGAAGAACCCGAAGGAAUCGGUCGCGCAAGUCCAUUCACGAUGGGGCUUAAUGCCAUAAUCACUCGACCGUACGCGAGCCUGGUUCGAUCUAUCGGUUUGCGGGGCGACUGGAAGGAGCACGAGCUGGAAGAACACGCCCGCGUCGGCCGGGUGCCGGAUUCCUCCAUGUUGCUGAACAUUGCGGCGCGCGCGGCGGUGGACCGGAUGACGAACCUGGAGAGCUUUAGCUGGGAACUCAAUACUAAGAUGCUCGACACGGUGUAUACGGGGUUGGCCCAGCUGCCCAAGCUCACGUCAUUGACCAUCCGAUUCCCGUCCAGUCGGCAUCCCCAGCCGACCUUUGUGCUCCCCGGCAUGCCGCACCUACGCUGUCUCAAAGUCACCGACAUCGACCCUCUAUGUUAUCCUGAUGAUAUUGCCACGAUGCUCUGGAAGAGCAAAAAGCUGCGUGAUCUCAAGCUGCAUUGGUCGCCUCGGAUGCGCAUCGCCCAAGAGCCCAGUGUAUCGGUUCAUGACUAUUUCCGCAAAUGUAUCGCAGCAAAGCAGCCCUUGGCUGUCAAGAAACUUUCAUUUCAAAACAUGUACGCGUUCCAUACUGAGGAGUUCAACAUUGCAUUCGAUCCGAGCACCGUCGAAGAAGUCACGUUUCUGAACGGAGCAGAGGGCGCCAACACGUUUAUUGAAAGCAGUUGGCCGACCAUCCCCCCUCAAAAAAGGCUGCGAAUCAAGUCUGCGCGGAUGGAUGCGUUAUCGAAACGCAACUCGGAAUUUCUGGGGAAUUUCUCGGGGCUCGACCGAUUGUACUUUGUCAACGCGACCACUGACUGGAACGACUAUCUCAACUCACCUCGACCCGGUAUUGGCCCGGGAUCAUCUGCCUUGACGCCUCCUACCCCAGAAAACCCACCGUAUGGCGGCCCCGGUGCCACCUCGGGCAGCUCCCCGAUGGCAUCGGCCUCUCCGGCCAGCCAAGUGAACCUGACAUUAAAUAUGCGAGACAGCUACCUCGCCAACAUCACCACAAGCCAUGGCUCUACAUUACGUCAUCUCCUCCUCUCGUCAAGGUGGCCUCUUUCCACGAGCCUGGUUGCGCGUCUCCAUGGAAUCACUGGGGCUGUUCGUCCCUUUCCUGCGGAAACUCGUGGCACUUCGUCUUUGAUUCCGGUGGGCCCUGCCGCGGCUCAGGGCGGCCCGGCCAACGCUGCUGCGCUCCGGGCAUCCAAAAGCGCCUACGGGCAGGGACCUGGGGCCCCCAGUGAGUCGAUCAGAGAAGCGCUUGCCAAUGCGCGGUCCCUUGCGGAGGUGGUGGAUAUGGACGAUCAAGUCCUCAUGGAUAUGAUGAGCUACGAUCUGGCAAAUAAACAGGUGUACGGGAAUGUGAAGAUCAUCGGAAUGGGCUGGAAGGCCUUCGAGCUGCGUGACUUCUACAAGGCGCCCAUUCCCUCUACGCAAAACGGUUCCGAGUCCCAGUCGUCUACCCCGGCCGUGGAUCGUGCGACUGAGGCACCGGACAGUACCAGCCCUACAAACGGCGUUGGCCCCGGUGAACCAGACCGCUCGGUCGCCUCCCAGCCUGUAUCGCCCGACCUCAACGGCACAAAUUCUUCUCGAUUGACGCCGAAUCCCCCGGGGCUUGACCCUGCAGCCAUACCUUCUCUCCGCCAACCACCAUCAACAUUAGGGAAACGCACUCGCGAUCAGGAUGAUAGUGAAAGCACCCCGAGAGCCCCGGCCCGCUACACGGAAGGUCCGGAAUCUCCCCAAAGCCGCGAACCCAAUUUGGCUGUUCAAGGCUGCUACGGCCAAACAUUGACGGGCGACGGUCAAGUCUGGAGACGGCGUAUGCGGCGGGUUGGGUGGGAAGUUCUGCAAAAUUGGGAAGUUUGGGCACUGGAUUCACAGGAGAUCUAA